CACGUCUGUGCUGACCGAGAACUGGGCGGAGAUUGGCGUCCGGGCGGCGAUCCGGGGGCUGCUGGGAAGAUGGCGGACUCGGCGGCCCGCCGAUGAGGAGGCCGCGGGGGGAGCCCGGCCCCCGGGCCCCGAGACAGGCUGAGGGAGCGACCUACGCGGGGCCCGGGGAGUCAGGGUCUCCGUCACCCAACUCCAUGCUUCGGGUCCUGCUCUCUGCCCAGGCCUGCACCGCCCGGCUGUCCAGCCUGCUGCUGCUCCCUCCAGUACAGCCCUGCUGUCUGGGGCCCAGCAAGAGGGGGGACCGGCCCCCUGGAGGAGGCCCCCACGCGGGCCCUGUGCAGGGGCUGCAGCGGCUGCUGGAACAGGCGAGGAGCCCUGGGGAGCUGCUGCGGUGGCUGGGCCAGAACCCCACCAAGGUGCGCGCCCACCACUACCCCGUGGCACUUCAUCGUCUGGGCCAGCUCUUGGGGUCGCAGCCACGGCCCCCUCCUGUGGAGCAGGCCACCCUGCAGGACUUGAGUCAGCUCAUCAUCCGAAACUGCCCUUCCUUUGACAUUCACACCAUCCAUGUGUGUCUGCACCUUGCAGUCUUACUUGGCUUCCCAGCAGAUGGGCCCCUGGUUCGUGCCCUGGAGCAGGAGCGAAGGUGCCACCUCCCUCCGAAGCCGCCUGCCCCUCCAAAGCCUGCCCUGUGCGGUGGACACAGGUUGGAAGCGGCUCUGAGCUGCCCCCGUUUCCUGCGGCAUCCAAGGCAGCAUCUCAUCCGCAGCCUGGCAGAGGCCAGGCCCGAGGAGCUGACGCCCCACGCCAUGGUGCUCCUGGCCCAGCACCUGGCCCGGCACCGGUUGCGGGAGCCCCAGCUCCUGGAAACCAUUGCUCACUUCCUGGUAGCCCAGGAAGCCCAGCUCAGCAGCAAGGUGGUGCAGAAGUUGGUUCUGCCCUUCGGGCGGCUGAACUACCUGCCCCUGGAACAGCAGUUCUCGCCCUGCCUUGAGAGGGUCCUGGCGCGGGAGGCGGGGCUGGCCCCGCUGGCCACUGUCAACAUCUUGAUGUCGCUGUGCCAGCUGCGCUGCCUACCCUUCCGAGCCCUGCACUUUGUCUUCUCCCCGGGCUUCAUCAGCCACGUCAGUGGCACCCCCCACGCCCUGAUCGUGCGGCGCUACCUCUCCCUGCUGGACACGGCCGUGGAGCUGGAGCUCCCGGAUUACCGGGGUCCCCGCCUCCCCCAAAGGCAGCAAGUGCCCAUCUUCCCCCAGCCUCUCAUCACCGACCGUGCCCGCUGCAAGUACAGUCACAAGGACAUUGUAGCCGAGGGGCUGCGCCAGCUGCUGGGGGAGGAGAAGUACCGCCAGGACCUGACUGUGCCCCCAGGCUACUGCACAGACUUCCUGCUGUGUGUCAGCAGCUCGGGCGCCGUGCUCCCCGUGAGGACCCAGGACCCCUUCCUGCCCUACCCCCCCAGGUCCUGCCCCCGGGGCCCGGACGCCUCUCAGCCCACCACCGGGGACCCCGCGCAGAGGGUGGUGCUGAUGCUGCGGGAGCGCUGGCACUUCUGCCGCGAUGGCCGGGUGCUGCUGGGCUCCCGGGCCCUGCGCGAGCGUCACCUGCGCCUCCUGGGCUACCAGCUGCUGCCGGUGAGCCGC